AUGCGCCUGAUCAAGAACAGGAUCGAGCACGAUGGCUCGGGCACAGUAACACUAUGCCCGGAAGAGCCCGAAGACAUGUGGCAUGCCUACAACCUAAUCCGACCCAGCGACGUCCUUCGCGCAAGCGCCAUCCGGCGCGUAACCACCGUCCAAGACACUGGCUCCACCUCCUCAGCACGCGUCCACCUAAACCUCGAGAUCCGGGUGAAGAGCCUUGACUUCGACCCGCAAAGCUCACAGCUGCACGUAUCGGGCCAGAUCAUCAACGAGACACCACACACGAAGAUCGGACAAUUCCACACGCUGGACCUAGAGCUGAACCGCAAUUUCACGCUCGAGAAACAAGUCGGGGCCGAUGGUGAGGGGGUCGGGUGGGAUAGUAUUGCGGUCGAGGCGCUGAAGGAUGCUGUCGAUGAGGGCGGGAAGCGGCGCGCGGAGGCUGUUGCAGUCGUUAUGCAGGAAGGGCUCGCCCAUAUCUGCUUUAUUGGACAGUUUCAGACGAUUCUUAAGCAGAAGGUUGAGAUGUCUGUGCCGAGGAAACGACAGGGCGGCGGGGAUCAUGACAAGGGAAUGAACAAGUUCUUCAAAGUCACGCUGGAAACCCUUCUCCGGCAGAUGGAAUUCAACACCAGUCUCACAUCCGGCAGUGCCAACGAGCCCGUGCGACCGGUCUUGCUCGCUUCACCGGGUUUCGUGGCGGCUGGGUUCCAGAAAUACAUCCAGAGCGAGGCAUCGACGACAACACCAGCAUUGAAAAGACUCCUCCCCAGUGUCGUGGUCGUGCACUCCGCAUCGGGGUAUACGAACUCCCUCUCAGAAGUACUGCAAUCACCCGCCGUGAAGAACCUCCUAGCCGACACGAAAUACGCACGCGAAACCAAACUAAUGGACGAAUUUCUUGAGCAACUACGCAAAGAAACUAACAAAGCGACCUACGGACCGCGCGAGGUCGAGUCGGCCGUCGAUCAGGGCGCUGUGGGUCGUGGCGGCGGCGUGCUCAUUAUCUCGAACCGUCUGUUUCGGUCACAGAAUGUGGGGGAAAGGAAACGAUGGGUUACGCUUGUUGAUCGCGUGCGUGAUGUUGAGGGGGGCGAGGUGCGUGUUCUUAGCUCGGAUCACGAGAGCGGAAAACGGCUUGAGGGGCUCGGGGGGUUGCUGCGCUGUUGA